GUGGAAGUUAACAAAAUAAAUAUCUCGUGUAAGAUCCAGACAAACAGAAAUAUCCAUCAAAAUACAGCAUAAUGGCAGAUGACAGUAUUGAGGAAGUAGUUAAAGACGCAGGAGAGGUUCCAGAAAUCAAAUAUGAAUAUCUGGAUCAUACAGCAGAUGUUCAGUUACACUCAUGGGGCAGUAAUCUAACAGAAGCAUUUGAACAGAAUGGAAUGGCUAUGUUUGGAUACAUGACAGAACUAGAUACAGUUGAUAUUAAGGAGAAACAUGAAAUUAUUGCAAAUGCUGAAGAUCUUGACGGUCUAUUAUAUCACUUCCUCGACGAAUUACUAUUCCUCUUCUCAGCUGAACCUUAUCUCAUUUGUAAAAAGUUAAGAAUAGAAGAAUUUGACACUGAGGCAUUUAAAAUCAGAUGUUCUUGCUUCGGUGAGCAAUUUGAUCUUGCAAAACAUCCACAAGGUACAGAAGUGAAGGCAAUCACAUAUUCAGCCAUGCAAAUCGUACAGAAACCUGAGAAAUGUGAAAUUUUUGUGAUAAUUGACAUUUAAGUGAUUAUUUCUUAGACUUGUGGACUCUAAGUCGUAUUUAAGGAUGCAGCUGUGCCUUUAUGAGAUGCUGUUGGAUGUAAAUUGUUAUUCUUGAAGGUCAAAGAAAGUAAGAAGUUUACUAAGUACGAACUUUCCAAAUGUUGUGGCCUAAUGUCAUCUCAAAGUCAUACACGUGUACAGCAAGCAAGCAGUUAUGAGUCAUGCUGAACAUUCUGAAAACCAUUUUUAUAUCACAACAAAUAAAUAAUAUUUC